GCGAACGCGUCGACGCCGUCCUCCGGGUACAAACGGAAUUGUCGCGUGGCGAUGGACGCUUGACAGAGUCAGCGAUGAGCAACCCGACCAGUCUGGUACUGCUUUACAUCGUGCUUUACGUCCAAUCGGUGGUGGCCCAUCAGUCAGAAUGUGGCAGGAGUUUCCGCAGGUCCAGGCAACCCCGGUACGGGAGCGUCGGCAGAAUAGUCCACGGCAAGCAGAGCGUCAGAGGCGCCUGGCCUUGGCAGGUUUCACUUCAACUGUUACAUCCUCAGUUCGGAUUCUUGGGCCAUUGGUGCGGAGGCGUGAUGAUUUCGCAAGAAUGGCUUCUUACCGCAGCGCACUGCAUUAGUAACGACAUAUUCAAUUUGCCGCUGGCGGCGCUGUGGACCGCGGUUCUGGGCGAUUGGGACAGAGAAGUCGAGGAAAAUUCCGAGGAAAGGAUCCAGAUCGAGAAGAUAAUUUUACACGAGAGGUUCCACAACUUUCAACACGAUAUUGCUCUGAUGAAGUUGUCGCGACCGGUGAAGUUUUCCAAAAGCACCCGCGUACGGGCAGUUUGUUUGCCAUCCACGAGGAUGACUCACAAUCAGACAGAUUUCUGCGUCGCCACCGGUUGGGGCAGAGAUUUGGAAGACGGCCAGCUGGCCGGAAGAUUGCUCGAAGCGAGAGUCCCGGUUCACGACAACGCCAUCUGCAAGAAGAAAUACGGACAUUCAGUGAACAUCCGGUCAGGGCACUUGUGUGCUGGCCAUUUGGACGGGUCCAGCGGAACGUGCGUGGGUGAUUCCGGAGGUCCGUUGCAAUGCGCCAUGGAAGACGGACGCUGGAUUUUGGCCGGCAUCACGUCGUUCGGCUCCGGGUGCGCAAAGCCGGGCUUUCCCGACGUGUACACGCGGCUUUCUUAUUACCUGCCGUGGAUCAAGUCUAAAAUCCGAUCGCGCAAGAAAACUUAACACCCUCCCGUCUCCUGUGAUGCUAUACCCUUCGCGUUAGUUAUUUAUUUUGUGUAUAAAGAAAAAACAAAAUU